CACUCCUCGGUAUAAAAUAGAUACCUCGAUAAGACCUUCAGUUGUUUUGCUAACUCUAAACCCAGGUGACCGACCAAGACGAGCAUCGUAGUAUUAUGGGACUGUCGUGUUUACCUCUUCAUAUUUUGUUUCUUGUUGGACUGAACUUAACUUUCGCCGGAGAUGCACCACCUGUCAAGAUACAAUUAUUCUACGAGACUUACUGUAAGUACUGCCAAGAAUUCGUCUCUAACCAGCUAUACCCAACAUGGCAUGAUCUUCAGGACAUCAUGGACGUGGAAAUGUUCCCUUUUGGAAAUGCAAAGUACGCUCCAAAUGUAGAAACCGAAGGUUGGACGUUCAAGUGUCAGCAUGAGGAAUACGAGUGUAAGGCUAAUAUGAUCCACGCAUGCGCCAAAGAAAACUUUAAGGAUAUUGGGCUGGAAAUGAAUUUCGUCAAGUGUCUUCUGGAAUCGCCUGCUCCAGCGGAUUCUGGACCCACUUGCGCGGCUUCGAUCGGCGUGGAAUGGGACCCAAUCAAGAAGUGUUUGAAUUCGACAGAGGGUCAGAAUCUGCUCCACGAUGUUGCUGUUCAGCAAGAUAACCUUCAGACAGAGCUAUAUUUUGUUCCAUGGAUCAUUGUCAAUGAUACCUUCAGUCUGGAGCAAACGGAAGAAUGUAAACGUGACCUGAAACGGGUCGUUUGCGAGACGUAUACUGGAACGACACCAGAACCUUGUGAAGACCAUGAUGCAAGCAGACCAGAGGAUGAGUAAUGGUGCGAGGGCAGCCUUCGAGAUGAGUCAUGUGCCUUGGGUUUAUCCAGUGUCCUAUCACCCCAGAGACAUUAGAUGCGUCUUAACUAUCCUCUAUGUUUUUGUAUUGCUUUCCACAACUUAAACUUGGUCAAACACAGAUGAACAUAAUUUUGACUUGAAGACAAUUUUGAAUAAAGCAGGAAUUGGUGGAGGUAUAUAGAAUCUUUUUUUUUUUUUUUUUUUUUUUUUUUUUUGCUACCUGAAUGACAAUGGCUUCAAGCUAUGCAGAGACACUGCUGUACAGUGAUAUCCUGUGAGAUAUUCUGUUAUUGAACUCAUUUAAUAAACCCUUAAACUACCCUGCAGUUAGAAAGAAAUCAAAUUAUUGGUGAACAAGUUUCAUACUUAAUCAUAUCAAUAAUUCAAAUUACAUAUACAUAAUAAAAGGCAUCAGAACCUAACGAUUAUGUUUAUUUAAGGUACGCUUCUUCAAGGCACAGUACAAAGUGGAAAAAAUUCAAAUGGGAUAAGCUGCAGCAUAGUUAACCAAACAACAAAACCACAACCUCCCCAAAAAUUGCUCUCGGGUGAAAAGUGAUCCUAAGCACAAAAUGGCUUUAAAAAAAGUAGUUACAUGAUUUUGAAUUGUUGAAGAAUACCCUUCACAAUCCAGCUAUCCAUUUUGUAUAGACCCUUGCUAAUAUCAAAAAUACUAUCUGACUUUAGUUUUGUUACACUGAAUUCUAUGAAACUGUAUUUGCUUGUCUGAGUAACAGCUUCAGUGAGUCUUUGUGGAACCGAUGUCUGGAUUUACUGGGUCUACAAUGUACCCUGAGUAAAAGUAAUGAUGUAAAAUCAUUUGCACAUCUAAUUAAAGAGAGAGAUUGUGCCGCAGUAAAAGAAACUGAAUUUUGAAGUGAGACUAUUGGGACGGACACUGCAUUUCAUUAUAGUCUCAAAAUACAAACAGAAGUUUUUCUGUAGCUUGUCAGUCAUACUGUUAAAGCAAAGCCAACUGUCUUUGCCCGGUUGAGCAGAGUUCAGAGGUCCAUUGGAGGUCACUUUACAUAUCCAGCUUCUCGCCACACACUUGAGGCAAGGGCACAUGAUGAAACAAAGCCAGCUUCAUCUAAACCAGCCAACCAACUGCAACAACUGCCAUCACAGCAACAAACCUGUCAUAGAAUCCUACCAGAAUAUAUUGCAAGUGGACAUACACCUUAAAUAUGUAAAACUGCUUUGGGUUCCAUCUAAAACUAUUACCAGUUGCACGGAAAAAAUCUUACAGAAUGGGCUUGGAGAGCUUUGUCUUCGUCAUUAAGACUUGCAUUGACAUUUGCAGCUGAGAAGGCUCAAGUCAUUUUUAAAACAAUAAUCAUGCUGAAUAUUUUAAAGAAUGUUGGAAAUAGUAUUAUCUUAACGCAAAUAUGGAGAAACAUUUUUCUAAAGAUACUCAGCAACUUUGAGAAAGUUUACUAAAACAAAACUAUCCCAUGUGAAACACAGCAUGCAACAGGGCCAAAGACCCACUUUCAGAUCAUAUAUGAAGCUAUAAAGCAGCUUGAACAUAAAAGCAAUAAAACCAGUAGCUUAGUAAACAGGAUUUUGUACAAAUAUAGUGAUAAAAUUCCACAAGUUCCUAUUAAAAGAAAUUCACUGAGAUUUAACAAUUGCUUUUCACCUUGCAAGAAUAAUAGUAAGGAUAAAAUUAUAAUUUUUUAGAUACCAGAAUAUGGGAGUUAGAGUUUUCUUGAGCAAGCUACUGAAUGUCUAAGAGCAUGAUGGCACAUCAGUUCAAAAGCAGGGACAGUUCCUUAUUGUAGGCAAAGGCUUGUUAUCCUUUCACAUUUGGGCAUCAGAGGGCUCUGCAGUCUGAUCAAAUUGGGGAUGGGAUGGAGUUAAAAGAAUGCAAGACAAUGUUAAAAUCUCGAUUGCUAUUUUUGUUUUUUGUUUUUUUCUUUUUUAUUUUUAUAUUUUUUUUAUUGCAGAGGGUUAAAUUUUGAAAAAUUAUGAAUGGUGUAAAUUUUCAAAUGAAACAGAUGGAAAUUAAAAUUUCUGUUUAACUGGGUUCUCCCCAUCCCAAUACAUUUUGUCUAUAUUUAUCCAUAAAUAUAUUCAUGCUCUUCUUGCACAAUAUUAUGUGAGCUGCAACUGAAAUAUUAACUUUCAACUUCUUGUGGAAGGUACAGAAAGUAUUUGAGAAUUUUAUUUCUUAAUACCAUGUGCAUUUGUAUAUAUUGCUCUUUCCAUUUAUGUACUUUUUUGUAAUCGGUUGACCUUAAAGUUUGCCCAGUCUCAGGGCGUUGUUGCUGUAGAUUUAUCCCACUCUGUAAGGGUUAUGAGACCACAGAAGUCUAGCGAGUAGUUGUCUUAAACUACCUGUGCAUCUUUUUAUGGCAUUGUUUGCAUGUCUGCUAACAGAGUGAGAAAUCUGGAUGAUUCUGGGGAUGAGGAAGGAAAUGGGCAUAGUCUGUGAGAAAGGGGAGGAUGCCAGACCUUGUAUUCCUCCUGAAGGACAUAAAACCACCCAGGACUCUCUCUUUAUUCACUGUUAUAUUGGACACUGACAUGAUGGACACUCCAUUACUCUUUGCAAUAAGAUAGAAGGAAUGCCAACUUCAGUAUACUCAUUCUUCUUACCUUAGAAUCCCUUCUGGGCUAAGAGUGACUGGAAGACUAAAAGGGUUGGAAAGACUGCAGACCCUUUUCUGAGAAAGAAGUCUGGGAACCUGAUAGAUAUUUGGAAAAGUUCUAGUCUUUUCAAAAGCAUGUUGAUGAUGGAGUAGCUGAUCUUGAAAGCGCAGCUGGAGGCCCCUUCAUGGAUCAUGGAGGAACUCUGAAGGAGACUGCACCAUGAAUAAAGGAUUCCUGAGCAUCAGUCCUCUGUUUUUCUUGUACUGCUACCAUGAACUUCCUCUUCUCAAAAAAAAAAAAGGAAGUAAGUACCCAGGACUGAUCCUCUCCAUUGUGUGAAACUGCACUUGAAUAGAGGUUAUAAGACAAGAUUAUGGACUGGUGAGAGAGGAAGGUUAAGGAGCCUUUCCCUUGACAUCAACAACCUAAGAUGCAGUAUAUCAUCAAAAUCGCCCAGAUUUGAGGAGCUGGCCAAAACAAUCCAGUGUCAAUAUUCUCAUUGAUUACAAUAGCCUACUACAUGGAAAGUAGGCUUAUAUGAAUAAUUUUGCUUUUCUUCCACCGCAUUGAUAAAUCAUAGCCUAAUUAUACAUUUAAUUUUAUAUCAUGAAACAAAAACAUUUUGAUUUUCUUUAUGAUAGUUAAUGUAUUGGUUCUUUCUCAUAGAUCCUUGUUAUGCAGAUGUGCUACUUGUAUUUUAAAAAAAACUUCUGCAUGAAAUUUUUGUUUCUGUAAUGAUUUCAUAAGCAUAUUUAUAUAAAAAGAAAAUGUUUAUGAGGGCAUGGGUUGCUAUGGUUAAUUUGGACAAGAUUUUGGGUCACUGCCAAAGAAAGUUAAGAACCACUGAUCUAGACUCUCAGAGGUACCUCCACUGGUUCAAGGCCCUGUGUCUUAAACUGUCAUCUGCACCAUACUAGUUUAUUCAAGAAUCCAAGCUGGUGUUAGUUUACCACUUGCUCAGGUUCUGUUAGCUAUGUUAUCAUGAUGGCUGACUGAUCCUGGCAUCCUCCAAGAAGAAAUUGCUUCAGUAUCUAGAUCAACUUCUCUCCCUGUUACAACCAGCGAAUCAUGAAAAACUGGGAGGAGUUAAACCUUUACCCAAAUAGCAGACAAAGUAUUAACAUGCACAAAAGUCCGUUCCCUUAUCCAUCCAGAGUUUCGAAUUCGCUGACUAUGAAACACCGAAGCAGUUGAAGACCCGACAUACGUUUCACCGAUAGGAACAAGAAUGAGGAGUGGGAAGCAGGUAUUUUAAUUGAGCAUACGAUAAAGUCUCCAUAUUCUAAUAUCGUUAAGAAAGUGAUCGUAAAGAUGCGAAAAAUAUGAGAAUAAAAGUGCUUAGGAAGUUGUUUCUUAGCUUGUUUAUCUUCUCCCAUUUCCUCAACAAGGCAACUGGAUCUGUUUUCCUCAUUUUAACUCGAUGAUGGAAAGAGGAAAACCAGUUGGCGUCUGAGAGAGAGAGAGAGAGAGAGAGAGAGAGAGAAUUAAAAAGAUUUGUUUGACAUAAGUUUUCAGGUUUAUAAGGAAUGCCUGUGCAGUUAAUACUGUUACAAUUAUGAAAAGUCCAUUUUCGAAGAUACCGAAUGAAAAUAAUAUUUCUCUCGAUCCCGACAGAAGUUUCACUCGGAAAUUAUUUUGGAAUCGAUUCUUUGAAAUCCAGAUUUAAGAAUUUUUUAUGAUUAACAUUAAUGAACCAUAAUGGAAAUCCACAAAAUUAUUUUUAUCGUGUAAGUUAGAUUUUUACUUAAACAAUUUUUCUUAUCCAUCGGUAUUCGUCACGCAAAAUCUGUUUUGGGCCAGGCGAGGUUAUUUUUGGAACGACUCAAAUGAAGACGGAAGUUUCCUUUACCCGAGUUUGUGUCGACCGACUAUUGAAUCUAUGCGGUUCCAGGGUCCUUGGCGCAGAGCACUUGUCUGGUGACGUCAUGAAAGCUGAUUUUCGGUCAUGUAAAUUCUGCAUUCAUAUUGACAGUUGGCUGUUAGACGUAUCAGUACGAUUAGUGGUUCGGCGGUCAUCCAUUUCAGUUCAUCUGUUCCAACGUAGAUUUGGAAGAAAUUGUCCAGAAGUAAUAUUUCACUUUGUGUUUCGAGUGAACAUUGUAGUCGAGUCGAGUCCCCUUUUAAGUUCGACGCCAUGGGUUGGUUUAAGUGACGGCCGGUGAGGCAGUACUCUUCCCGUCUCGCUCUCCAUGUGGUCCCUACGGAUUGAUUUAAAAGAAUGAUGCAACGAUGAAUAUUCAAGACUGGUUGAAAAAAGAAAAAAAUUGUUUGCUGCUCUCCCGAGAUUUCUUCAGAACUAAGUAUCCAAUUUUUUUCCUUUUCCUCCACCCCAUCGGGGGCGGCGCCCCUGAUCGGGUGGAGGCGCUCUUAAGGGCUUGCAUAGUAGGCGUGUUGGCCUACUGUGAGAGUCCUUGGAGUAUUUUUUCCAGUUUUCCGUUACAGAUGACAAGUGAGUUUUAACUUUACUAUUACUAAUAAUUUUGUAAAUUUUUUAUUUGGUAAUUUCAGUAGAUUAGCGUCGCACUCAAUGUUUUGUACAUAUGCAAUGGUUUGUAUAAAUCUGAUGGUUCGUAUAAAACUGGUCAGAGUUCCUGUCUUAAUAGUUAACUUUCAAUAGUAAGCCUUAUAUAAAGUGUUCCUAUGGCUAUUGAAUUUAUUUGCUUUAUUCACUUUGGUUUUAGUUACUUGUCUCCCUAAACUGAUUUCAAAAGCUUAUUUUUUUCCUUUGUAUUAAGGUUUGCUUUUAAUUUAGUUUUAUCUAAAGUUUAUCCUGUUACUUUUCAUGACUUAUAGGUGACCUUGCUCUAAGGGGUUUAGACUCAAGGAUUUGGAGUAAUUGUGUGAUCAGUUCGUGGAAUACCUUUUUUUUCCAUCUGUUACAUAAGUAAGGCUUCCCUAAUUUUACUUUUGUGUGAUAAAACUGGUUUUGAGAAUAAUUCUGUAACCGUAUAGACUUGACGAUUCCAGUGUGUGCACCAUCCUGUAAUUACCAAAGUUUGUAACCACAUAAAGUUGACCCCGAUUGUCAGAAAAGGGUAGGCUACAAGAGUUUUCAAUGUUUUUAUUAAGAUUAAAGGAUAUAAGAGUUUGAGGUGUCUUAAUACGUUCUAAGUUGGAUUAGUACUGUAUAUCAAAUUGUUAAAUAUAAAGGAAAUUGACUGUGA